UCAGUGCACUUUUGAUAACAACGUGGUGGAGAAAAGACUACCAACGGCGGUAAUCAAGCGUAUCAGCAACACUGAAGUGUUUACGUUAUCAGACUGUUCUGCACAUUCCUGAAGAAAGAUAGUCAGACUGUCCAUCAUGAAAGUAGCAUCAACAUCUCUUGUCAUUGUUGCCGUUUUGGCAUGCUUCGUCCACGAUGCAUCAGCCCAGCAAAAUUGGUGGGAAAGAGAUCCAGAUGAUGGUACAGUGACGAUCGCAUCCCCGAGGACCUCAACUACUACUCCGUCAACAGUGGCCACGACUCCUGGGAUGCCUGCAAACUGUCCAUGCGUUACUACACCUCAGUAUAAUCCAGUCUGUGGUGAUAACAGAGUUACCUAUACCAAUGAAGAAAUGCUGAAAUGCGCCCAAAAUUGUGGCCUAGGCGUACAACUGCUGUUUUAUGGACGCUGUGAGAAGCUGGCAUAAAAAAUGAAAAUCCCUCAAAACUUCAACCAAAAUACCGCAACGAAACAUCGUCUCCGAUUUUGAUGUGUAUAAGUGCUUGUAAUUCUUCAUUAUUUUGUUGAGUUACGGUGCUAUUAUCUUUUCAUUGAAUAAAAUAUUUCUC